AUGCCGAGGUCAUGUAAUAUCGACUGGCUAGACGUUGAGCAGUUCCCCAACGCCCCCAUUGUCUCCAGCGCGCUUGACUAUAAAUUACCGACUUGCGGCAAGGAGAGCUCGGGAGCACAAACUUGCUGUCCAUUUGGUUACUCCUGCGGUCAGAACGGGACUGUCUGCGUUCUUGACAAAGACCAGAGGUCUCUAAAGGCGGAGAAGAACGGCGAUUACUCUGCCCGAAUACAGACAGACAGCAUCAGCAGUACUCGGCCCACGGCAACGGCAACAAGCACAGGACCCACUGACACACCAAGCCCUACGACCACAGCCUUUGCCUCGGAACAUAGCACGGAAGCACAGACUGAAGGUGAUGCCGGCAAACAAGCGAACUCAUCUACUGUCGGCAUUGCUGUCGGCUCUGUUCUGGGCGCCGCUGCCAUGAUCGGGGUGAUGCUGUGCAUAGCAUGGAAGCGAUAUUGGAUCCCAGAGUCUGUGUCAAGACUCGGGCACCGUCACAGCCAAGAGAAACAUCAUGGACCUCGGCGCUUUCUUCCAUCGUGGGCUCACCGCAACUUACAAAGGGACGAGCACAUUGACCAGAUGCCAACACCGCCUCCUCCUGCAUAUGCCCCAUACCAUCUCGAUCUGGACAAGUGCAGACGGGUGCCGCGCCGAAAAACCGUUCCGCCCUCCCGCAAGGCUCCUGAACCGGUCGUGCAAGAGUGUUCUCCAGUUGAGUUGCCGGCCUCGCCCGUUUCUUUCAGUUUUUGGAGUACAACGAGGGCAUCUCAGCGGAGCACAUUCUUCGCAAAGACCAGAGGGAGCAUGUCGCGGCCACCGCCGAGGCAACAGCCGCCACCAAGAGGACCACACAAUCCCGAAUACCCUGACUUCUUCUGA